AUGCUCGACUCGAACAAUAUCCAAGACGGUCAUGCUUCAGUGCCCUUGACCACCGACGGCCGAGUGUUGCCGGAAAGGGUGUGGCUGGUGAACGCCAAAAAACAUAAUCCCAUUCGAAGGAAAGACAUUGUAGAAGAAUGUGAAUCCGCCGGAUAUGAUCACAUUUUUGCGUUGAUGCUGAUGGAAAAAUUCCAUUUCCCCGCCUCGACAACCCAACCACAAAAUGCAAUAUCAGACGGGCCCGAUCAUUCGUUGGAGUUGGAGUUGGCGUCUGCUCGGCGAGCCGCAUUCGAGUCCGGCACCGGCUGCGUCAACGCAACUGUCAGGCCCAUUGCUCUCACCGUCCCUCUUCAACUUUGCCAACCUGGCCGGACUCACAACAGUGGUAUCCGGCUCUUCCCGACCCCUCUUCGGAGUCCGUUUCUAGAUUGGUCUCCGGGGCGAGCAUUCAACUCUUCUGCCAAAUCUACCGGCGGCCUAGACACAGCGCGAGCUCUUAAUCGCCACUUGCCGAUGGCCUCGCGACCCAAUUCACACAAACACUCGACAGCAACGAACCCUGUUCCGGGGAGACGACACAGCACCGGCCGGCCGACGAGCUGGUUCGCAUCAGCCGCGACGUCGCGCAAGUGUUACGACAGAAAACCAGUUGCCACGGCAACCAAGUGCUCAUGUCGCGGGGGUGGUGUGGAGAAGGCAGACCGCUGGUCGGGGCAGGUUCGAAGGGCGGCUAGUCCAGACGUCGUCAAGGCAGUCGCGUCUCUUGGCUCGACCGGAAGUGUGCGCAACGGACCGUGA